UGGUCAGUGUGUCUCUCUACAGUUGACGUGCUGCUGAAGGCAGUAGGAGACACGCCCAUCAUGAAGACGAAGAAGUGGUCAGUGGAGCGAGGCCGCACGGUGCAGGCUCUCGGGCAGUUCAUCAAGAAAUUCCUCAAACUGCAGCCGGACGAGCAGCUGUUCAUCUACGUUAACCAGUCUUUCGCCCCUUCUCCUGACCAGGAAGUCGGUGUCCUUUUUGAAGUAAGUGCUUCCAGUUUUCUAAUUGAAUCUGGAGUGUCUGCUUUUGCAUAUCGAUGACGUGAUUCUGGGGUCUUUUCGUUGAAUGGAUCGCUCAUGGCUCAGUCUGAGCCUGUUCCCCCUGUUGACCACACUCCCCUCCCCAUCAGAAUAAACCUCUGGGGCAGAAUCUUCAAGACAGGACCGCAGGUGACAGUGCUGCAGGUGGAAAUGAGGAGGUUUUGUUUGAGUUUUUGUGCAAUAUAGUUUUGUGUUUUGCUUUAUUGCUGGUUUGUGUUUAGUUAGUUCUGUGUUCAGUUGUGUGUCUGGGAUGGAAUGUGAAAAUGGGUUGGGUUGAUAUUGUCCGUUGCUCUAAGCCAAGUAUCUGUAUUGAAUGAGCUCACCAAACGAAAUUCCUGCACCUA